AUGCACAGAUUAUUUAGGAACUUCCUGCGCGUUUUGAACGCCCGGGAGAAACACAAAUUGGACGAGAGUGCCCUGCAGGAACUGAAAAAAUGGGGAAGGGAAAAGCUCCUUCGGAAUGAUCCACUGCUUAAGGAAUACCUAAACUAUCGGCAGGUGUUGCACGACUACAGCAAGCUUCUCAGCGAAAGGGAAGAGAAGAGUGAGGAAGACAAAAUUGAGAAAGUGGCAAACUAUGUGGGCCUCACAACGGAGGCAGCGAAAAGGGGCAGAAGUACACACGUGGAGGCUUAA